GAGCAUGAUGUUGCAAAUUUGUGCUAAGAUUUGUAUACUCCAAUAUCGUUUUCGAAUGAUAAUUACGAAAUUAGAAACUAAUGAUUAUAAGGGUAAUGAUAAUUUAAGUGUUGAAAAAACUAAUGAAAAUUCGCCAAAAUAUUUAAUUGCUAAAUGGGUCGAAAGUCAUAUUGCACUUUUACAUUUAUUCAAAUGUGCUAAUAGCCUGUUUGCAGAAACUGUUUUUAUUCAUUAUGUUAUUAAUUCGUUUGUUAUGUGUACACUGACACUUUUACUAAGUCGAUCUAGUUUCGAUAUUUCCCUUAUUGUUAAUGCAUUUUAUUUUGUUCUUAAAUGUGUUCAACAAUUUGGUCAGUGUGCUUCUGCACAUCAAGUAACUUUAGAGUUUGAAGAUCUGCGUCACGUCAUUUUUUCAACUAAUUGGUAUGCCAUUGAUGUGGGAGUCCAAAAAUUACUUACGAUAAUAAUGUCAAAAACUGUAGAAGAGGUUAUUUUCGUUAGUGGAUAUUUUGUUGAUUUAUCUCUGGAUUCAUUUAAAAGCAUAAUGAAAUUAUCAUACACUAUCUUCAAUGUGAUUGAUCAGUGAUUGGGGUGUUGAAAACAACAAAUUAACCCGAUGCAUAUGACAUAGGAUUACUGAGGCAUGUUUUAUA